UCACUCUCUCAUCUACCUUAUCAAAAGGAAUUAGUAUAUCCAUUUUUAUUCAUAUAUAGUGUGUUUCAAUGAUUGAAAUUUUUAUUGAGGAGAUAUUGAGGGAAUCAGCUCUUAUUCUUUUAUAGGAUUAAAAAAAAAACCUCCAAGAAAAAGAAAUGCCAGCAAUCAAAAGGUUAAAAUGCCUUGUCAAAUCAUCCAUUAGAGCUAGGCUCUUCAAUAACAUUUGUACAACAGUACUUUCAGAAUGCAUAAGUAGGAAAUAGAUUUUUACAAGUUCCCCUUCUUUAAAAUAUUAUUCAGUCUCUAUUAAAAUAAAAUCUAGUUAACUUUUUUGAAUGCUUGCUUAAACAUGUUUUACAAUAAUAAUAAUAAUAAAACUUCUGCAGGGAUUUCCAUAAGUUGUGCUACAUUAUUGACUUAGAGCAGCUUCUUAAUCUGUUAUUUCUUCCUCCUAGUAGACCUCAGCUGAUAAAAAUAUCCAUAGACACAGCGGAGUCAGUGGCACGCCUGGCUUUCUCAGACAAAACUCCAUGUGAUCACAUAUAGGCAGCCUCAGCGAGGCUGAUGCUGUGCAGCAAGCAGUAGGUAAUGAGUCUUUGUGCAGAGUGAAGCUCUUGUCGCUGAACAAUAAAGCAUAUGGUACCAGCAAUAAAACACAGGGCUGGGAAAUUUAAGAAGAUUCCGCUGAACCAGGAAGGACAGUGCCUUCCGUGAUACUGGCACAUAUUAUAAAAUGAUAAUCAAUUUAUUUUGGAUUCUAAUGAAUAAAGAGUGCAAGGACUAAGACUACAGCUAUUUGAACAGGUACAUGUGACAGCGCUGCAGCUAUGAGUGGAAUUUUAAAGAGGAAGUUUGAAGAAGUUGACGGCUCCUCUCCCUGCUCCUCUGUGCGAGAAUCGGAUGAUGAAGUUUCCAGCAGCGAAAGUGCUGACAGUGGGGACAGUGUCAAUCCGUCCACAUCUAAUCAUUUCACCCCUUCCUCCAUUCUCAAAAGGGAGAAGCGGCUAAGGACCAAGAAUGUGCAUUUUAGUUGUGUCACCGUGUACUACUUCACCCGGAGGCAAGGCUUCACAAGCGUGCCCAGCCAAGGGGGCAGCACCCUGGGGAUGUCCAGCCGCCACAACAGCGUGCGCCAGUACACCCUUGGCGAGUUUGCCAGGGAGCAGGAGAGGCUGCACCGGGAGAUGCUGAGGGAGCACCUCAGGGAAGAGAAGCUGAACUCUUUAAAACUAAAGAUGACUAAGAAUGGCACAGUAGAAUCUGAGGAAGCUAGCACUCUUACAGUGGAUGACAUUUCCGAUGAUGAUAUUGAUUUGGACAACACAGAAGUAGACGAGUACUUCUUUCUACAACCCCUGCCAACAAAAAAACGAAGAGCACUGCUGCGAGCCUCUGGAGUGAAGAAGAUUGAUGUGGAAGAAAAGCACGAGCUUCGAGCCAUCCGCCUGUCACGGGAGGACUGUGGCUGCGACUGCAGAGUGUUCUGUGAUCCAGAAACAUGUACCUGCAGCUUGGCAGGCAUUAAAUGUCAGGUGGAUCGUAUGUCUUUCCCGUGUGGCUGCACUAAAGAAGGUUGUAGUAACACAGCAGGUAGAAUUGAAUUUAAUCCUAUCCGUGUCCGGACUCACUUUUUGCACACAAUAAUGAAACUUGAACUGGAGAAAAACCGAGAGCAGCAAAUCCCCACGCUGAACGGCUGCCACGGUGAGAUAAGUGCUCACAGUAGUUCCAUGGGCCCUGUCGCUCACUCCGUAGAAUAUUCUAUCGCAGAAAAUUUUGAGAUUGAAACUGAACCCCAGGCUGCAGUGCUGCACCUGCAGUCUGCAGAGGAAUUAGAUUGCCAAGCGGAGGAAGACGAAGAGGAGGAGGAUGGGAGCAGCUUUUGCAGUGGAGUCACCGAUUCCAGCACCCAAAGCCUGGCACCUAGCGAGUCAGACGAGGAGGAGGAGGAGGAGGAAGAGGAGGAGGAGGAAGAUGACGACGAUGAUAAAGGAGACGGCUUCGUGGAAGGUCUGGGCACUCAUGCUGAAGUGGUCCCUCUUCCUUCGGUCCUUUGUUAUUCCGAUGGCACUGCUGUUCACGAAAGCCACGCAAAAAAUGCUUCUUUUUAUGCCAACUCUUCAACUCUGUAUUACCAAAUCGAUAGCCACAUUCCAGGAACUGCUAACCAGAUCGCUGAGAACUACUCAGAACGAGAUACUGUCAAAAACGGUACCCUUUCGCUGGUGCCUUACACCAUGACCCCAGAGCAAUUCGUUGACUAUGCCCGACAAGCGGAAGAGGCCUAUGGUGCCUCCCACUACCCAGCUGCCAACCCCUCUGUAAUCGUUUGCUGCUCCUCUUCCGAAAAUGAUAGCGGCGUGCCCUGCAAUAGCUUAUAUCCCGAACACAGGUCUAAUCAUCCUCAAGUGGAAUUUCACUCAUACUUAAAAGGCCCUUCCCAGGAAGGGUUUGUCCCCACCUUGAAUGGUGAUAGUCACCUUUCGGAGCAUCCUGCUGAAAAUUCUUUGAGCCUUGCAGAAAAGAGCAGAUUGCACGAAGAGUGUAUCAAAUCUCCCGUGGUUGAGACUGUCCCUGUUUAGUAGAGCUUAAAUUAUUCUAUUCCAGGACCAACUCUUCUCCUAUUUAAGGCACUGUAUUUAAUUGGAUUUCCUGGGCUCAUCGUUGUUUAAACUGAAGACCAAGAAAACUUGGACUGUGAUUAAUCUUCCAGACUGUAUUUUGUUUUCUCCUUUCUAGCUACAUGACUGUGGCAUUGCACAAAUACAGUCACUAUGGGGAUUUUAAGAUUUCAGACUAUUUUGAUAGAAAAUGCUAAAUUUUAAAAAUGCAUAUCUCACAGUUGCCUACCUGUCAAACUGUGUGAAACCUGCCAAGCUGUGCAGAACAGAGCUCCAAGUUUUGGAUUAUCGGGCCUGUGCAAGAUUGUUAACUGAGACUGGAAAAUAAUAAGAUUUAGAGUCCUAAUUUUCGAUAUAUCUGAAGAUGAUGGUGACUUUUUAAUGUAAAAGUAAUUAUUGUAAGAAAAAAAUUUUAAUUGUUUCAUGUGUAUUUUAUUUAUGGUAGUUCAGAAGUCAUGUUUUGAUGAAAAGGGACAGCAGCAUGUUCAUUCAAGCUGAAGAUGCAUAGCUAGCGCCACAGAGCAUGCCCACGUGGAUUGCAUCUGGAAUCCACUCACGUUUUUAUGAUCCUGACUCAUCAGAUUUGCAAAUACUUUCUUAAGGGUGAAAUAGGCCUAUUUUUGCUAUUUUGGACAAAUAAAUGAGUCUAUAUGUGCAGGUCCUUACACAGUUUUCUCUAACGUUCAGAGUUAGGACAAUCCUCUGGUGAGGGUCCAGUUCACUGCCCUCCCUCAGCUGACUCCUAAGACGGAGGUAGAAGGAAUUGCCUUUCUUUUCUAAACAGCAUCAUCUUGUUUCUUAGCUUGGACAGCACCUUUAAACUCUACCAUCCCCUACAUCAAAAUGCACUUUAGUGCCCCUUCACGAUCCCUCGUGUGGGGUGGGGACUGAGAACUCUUUGAAACGAAAAAAAAAAAAUUAAGUUAAAAAAAAAUCUGUAAGUAUUCUAAGGUUCAUACAAUUAAUAUAGAGGAAUCUUCCAAUGAUACUUAUGAAGGAAAAUGGCUUAUUUUCCUUCACCACUCUGAGGACCUAACUUGGUAAAUGCAGAGAAGGCUGAGUAAAGGUGGAAGAGACACAGCCUCAGCAAACCAGCCUUUUCUACAGUGCGAUCCAUCCAUCUCUACAGAAUAAGUGUAUAGUGGGACUUCCAUUUAGCAAUUAGCUGAUCGAAGGGGGGCCUCUACCCAAACACUCAACUAGGCCUUACUUUUCUGAAGCAUUUUGAUUUGACUUGCCUGGGACACUUAGCAGAACAGUUCAGAAUGCAUUGCCUAACUCUCUGAUUACCUCAUAUUCUCUUAUUCAAGGGAAUAGAUAGAAAUAAGACAUGCACUCCCCUCCUGCAGAUUAUCUGCACUUGGUUCAUCGGAGGACUUCUAGGAAACCCUUUUCCUGUAAAUCAAUUUAGGUAACUAAAUAGCGUGUUCUGCUUUUUUUUUCCCCCAAUGCAAUAUGAUUAUGAUAGACCUGCUUCACAUUUUUGACCUUCUAUUGUUAUAUCAUUUCACAUGAUUUAUGACUAUUUGAAAUGUGGACAUGCCUUGCUAUCCAGUGAUUGCAUCACUACUUUUUUUUUAUGUCUUUUAGAGUUGAGUAUUUAGAAAUAUGAAUAGAAAUAUAUUGUAGAACUCAGUUUCUUAAAAUUUUAUUUAAUUGAACUUUAAAAAUGCUUGAUCUAGAGAAAGUCCUCCAAAUGGAAAUUUUUCUAUGAGAACUUGAUGUGGGGAAAACAUGUUUACUUGGCAGCUCUUCCACAACGCAGUUGGUUCCUACCCCUUCCCUACCCCCACCACUGGGCUAUUUAUAACCAUUAUCAUUAACCUUGAAGGAGCUUUGGGUUUGUUCUGGUAUAGGUAGCAGUAAUGAAGGCAGGAAGGUUCCAUUUGAAUGAUUAGCCAGGGUUAAUCAGAUGGGGUGGGGGUGCUCAAAUCUUGGUGGUAUAUCCUGAGUUAUCUUCAAGGUUACAGUUUUUUAGUGAUUGAUUUUUAAUUUUUUCCCCCUACUGAUACAAUCUAAAGAGCACAGGCCCAAAGAGAAAAUGACAAGAGGCUAUUGUUUCUUCAUACAAACACAUAAAAGAAGUAUGUGUUCCAUGUUUACUGGACCAUUAAAAGCUCUGGAAAUGUCUACAUGUGAAGCACGCUGAGGUUAUUCUUAAAACACUGGAGUAUGGGAAAGUGAGAAAAAGCCACCUCUGGCUGGGGCAAAAUCGAAGGGUAGGAUGAUAAUCCAAUUUCUGAAUAUUUUACCUUCAAUUCAGCUGUAUUUUUGCAAGAAGGUUUUUUGGGGUUUUGUUUGGUACUAGGGAUUGAAACCAGGAUGCUUUAAUACUGAGCUAUAUCCCCAGCUCUUUUUAUUUCUUUUUUAGUUUGAGACAGGGCCUUGCAGAAUUUCUGAGGGGCUCACUAAAUUGCUAUGCUGGCCUUGAACUGGCUAUCCUCCUGACUCAGCCUCCCUAGUUGCUGGGAUUAUAGGCAUGUACCUUUGUGCCCAGCAAAAGGUUGCUUUUUUAAUUUUUGGCUGGAUCUAUGUUUUGUAGCUUUGUUCCCAAAGGAUGCCUACAAGAAAGAGCUUUUUUCUUCUGUCUGUUCAGUUGGUGUACAAAGUAACUGCCCUACUAAGAAGAAUUAUCGCUCCAACCAUGACAACUUCAAUUCUGAAUUUCCACACACCUAAACAACCCCUAAAUAUUUUCCACAAACUACAUACACAGGUUAUAUAUUUUAAAAAAUAAUAAGUCCUAUAUUCUCUCACGCCCACACACCAAACACAAGCUUACCACACACUAGAGAAUAGCAGAUUUUAGGAAAGGAUCAGUAUUGGGUACUCAAUUUUCCAAACCUAAAAUCUGAAAUGGUUUUUAUGAUCUUAAGAUGUGGUCUAUUAAAAAAAAGAAUAAUUUUUAAAACUGUAGUUUGAAAUUAUUAGAUCAAAAUUGCAAAUACUACUAAUGAUGGAAUCAUUUUAUUGUUACUUCCUUUCCCAGAAAAGCUGAAAGGGAGCACAGUGUUCCCAUCUGAAAAUUUUUCCCCAAUAAUAGCCCUUCUGUUCAAUAAAAAACUGCUCAUAUACCAGGAAAGUGCUAUGGUUAUUCUAAACCUUUAGAAGUGGGUAUCAAGUCAGAUGCAGCCAGUUGGGAUACUUAAGAUCUUUGUACCACACACAAUAACCUGACCUUCAGCUGUUGUAUCACUCCAUAAUAUACCUAACCAAAUAAAUGAGAGUUUUUGACACACAGCUCUUACUCAUUCACUUUCUAUUGCAAACCUUCCUGCUCCACACCCUGUUGUUUUAGCUUCAGUCUUAUACCUUUAAAUGGGGCUUAAUUCCCAGUUAUAAUCCAGGUCAAACUGAUUUGCGAGUCAAGUGUUUGGAGCAACUUGCACAUGUCCUUUGUCAUCCUUGAUUUCUUUUUGGAGAAGAAAGUCAAAGAAAAUUUUACUUAAGUUUUUCUCAUUCCUUGAUCCCCAAUCAUUAAGACAUUGAUAAAACCCAUUUGUCUCAUGUCUUUUGUUUGGUUGAAUAAUAUAGUUACUUGUUGAAGGUCUUUUCUUUGUGAUGAAAUUAGAUUUUUCUAAUUUUUCCAGCCACAUAUAAAAUGUGAAACUACUAAUUCUUCAAGUGAUAAAAUCUUCACAAACAUAUAUGUUACAGUGUAAUCAUAUAUGUUACACACUCCAGGUGACACUGUUCAGAAAUUAAUCAAGUAGCAAAGAGAUUGUUGUUAUGUCCUUUGAAAUUUUUACACUCUAGUAGAUGACUUCUAGGCAAAAUCUGGCUUAGUUUUCAUUAAGCAGAAAAAUAUAUCAUGAUUUAUUUCCUAUAGAUUAAUAAAUUGGUUUUAGAUUUUUAAAUAUAUUUUCAAAUAUAUAUUAUUGGUCUUGAUAUUCAGAAUUUAUUAAAAUCCACUUUUUCAACAAACAUUUAUUCAAUACCUGUUAUGUUAGAGCAAUAGUCCUUGUUAGUAAAAAUACUGGGGGGUGAGGAGCCAUACGUUCUAAGAGUGAUGAAGGGUGAAAUGAAUUAGUCAAGUCUAUGCAAAUUAUUUUAAUAUGAGUUUAUAGCAUGUUAUUAAAAAAAGUCCAAUUAUAUGCAAACUGCAACUAAAAGAAUGCUUCUUUUUUCUUAAAUUAAUGGAACUCACUAGAUCUUCUUUCCUUUUCCCCAUCUGCAAUUGGUAAAUUAUAUGUGGACUUUGCUAGAACCAAAAUCCUAGAAAGAGAUUUUGGCAAAUUGCUUCUUUGGUGUAGACUAUAUCAGUGAUGCUAAGUUUAUACCUGUAAAAUCCCUACCACACACUUUCAAAGGGGUUUAAUUCCUGCAUAAUCCAGCAAACAUGUCAGGAAAUUUUUGAAACAAAAUGUGAAGCAUAGUCACUCUUACUUCUUUAUAAAUAGGCUAUCAAAACAGGCUCCUGUUCCAAAUUCCAAAGGCAUUGCCUGAAGCAGGUAGAAAAAGGAAGUCAUAAGAUACCCCUCACUUUUAGUUUGGAGUUACAAACCCCAAAUGAGCAGGUGGAAGACUGACAUCCUCAGAAGUCAACAGAACUUCUGUUUUUAAAAGGUGUUUUGAAUCCCUUUGUUUCUCAAAUAUAACUUCAUAACAUAACUGUAAGAUGUCAUAUGCUUCUUAUUCUCUCAAAGACAGUUUAGUCCUUGUCACUGGAUAAAAUACCAAGAUUAAUUGAGAAGUACCUUUAUGCUUUCAAAAGCAAGCCUUCACUGUGAUUUGACAUUGGAGUUAUUUGUGGUAUUUUUACCACAACCAACACCAGAAGUUUUUCGCCUUGAGCACUCUAGUUCUGAUACAAUUUUGCAACUUCUGAUUGCAUUCUUUUUCUGAGAUCUGCUCAUUUGUGCUGGAGUAACUUAGAAACUUAAGCCAAAAAAAAACCACAGCUUGGCACAUACAGCACAUCUCACAAAUGUUUUCUGUGGCAUUAAAUAAUAUAAUUGACUUCAUUAAUUGAAUACCAGCAAUUUGAAAUCUCACAAGAGUUAUAGAAGUGUCAGGAAGUGGGUGAGGAAUGGAGUCUAAGUCUAAUAGUUAGUGAUGUCACUUAGAAACUAUAAAAAGGUUUCAGCAGGGCCAGGCUAGGUCUUAUGACACCAGAAAGUUCACAAGUAACAGGUGAUCUGAAACCUAGAAGAUCUAGUUAUGACAUGGCCUUCCUCUUAGUGCACUUGGUCCUUAUGUCUGCUGAUCAACAUCCACAUUGAUUAUAUAAACCAUAUUUAUUUAAUUUGAUGCUUUAGGUAAUAAAAACAGAUCUACACAAUUGUAAAGAAACCAUUUUUAAAGAAAUUUAAACAUUAAAAAGACUGAUGAAUGACUUAUUGUCAAAAGUGUGGAUAUCUAGAAAUAAAGAAGCUCUUUGGUAUUUUACCUGCCAAAAAUAUAAAUUCAAUGUCACUUUUAGAAUAGUCAUUUUAAACUGUACUUUGGACUUCUCUUUUGGUUUUUCAAGCUAGACCAUGAGACCCACUUCCUCAACAAUGCAGUUGGUUUCUUAUCUUAUGGAAAAUUCAAAACAAAAAUGUGAUAUCACCUGGUUGCUAGCUGUUGAUCAGUCCUGGGGCUAGUUUGUCUACAUACUGACUGGAAUUCUAUUCUGAGAGUGGUGAGUCAGAAUGAUGGGAAUCAGGAGAGUAUAUGUAACCAGAUUCAAAGCCUAAUCCAGUGUUUAUUUUCAGUUUAUCUUUUUAUAUGUGGAUUUAAAAAUAUAUUAUUAAUGUACAACCUGGAAUUUUAGAAAUUCUGAUACUUGUUACAUCCAUGGGAAAUGAAAUAAUUUCAAAGAUUUAAGUCACAUUGUUAGUGAUUUCCUUUCCCUUGUGAUAAACGUAUCAUUACACAGGACAAUUGUUUUUUAUUUAAUCCUCUAUGCUUGUUUAUAAUUCAAGAAAAGUCAACUCUACUGUCAUUUUAUUGAUCACAAAAAUUUCUGGCAGGACUACAAUUUCAAAGGAAUCUGACAGAUUUUACUUUAGGGUAGCAUUUGUAUUCAACAUGCUCAUAAGGUAAUUCUUCCCUGCAUUAUACCGUACCAUGUGGAUUUUAAAGUCCAUUCAGUAAUUCUGAUUCUAGAGUCAUGUGUAAGGUCAUUUAAAUAUAUUUAAGAUAAUGUAAAUUAACUAGAUUUAGGAGGAGGCAAAUUUACAGUAAAAAUUAGCCUUGCUUUUAUCUAAGCUAAUUCAUAUGACUUGAUUUAAUGACUUUAGUUGCAAUUUUGGUGUAGUUUCACAUUUAAAUAUUUCUUUCUCUGUUGAUUUCUUAUUCAGUGGUUUUAUCAAACUUCGAAUUAUCUUAAAAAGGCAUUUAUUAGUGAGUAUUUGGAAAAAACUGACUUGGAAAUGAUUCUUUAAAAUUAUCUAGAGCUGGGGCUGUAGCUCAGUGGCAGACCACUUGCCUAGCAUGUGUGAGGCACUGGGUUCGAUCCUUAGCACCACAUAAAAAAAUAAGUAAGUAAAAUAAAGACAUUCUGUCCAUCUACAACUAAAUUUGUUUUUUAAUUAUCUGGGAACUUCUAUGUCCAGGGAUCUACAUCACCUCCUACUGCUACACUGAGUAAGAUUAGCCACCUCUUGUCUGGGUUAUGCCCUCCUAAUGUAGUAUUAUUGUUGUCUCUAUAUAUGAGAAACACACACACACACACACAAAAGCCAGUUUGAAAAUAAUAGCUUUGUACCCCAUUUUAUCCAAUUUUAUUUUGCUCUUCCUUUUUCAUAUUGCCCAUUGAGCUUUCCCCUUCGCCUUCAGAAAAUAACCAGUUUUGAAAAGAUCUGUGUGUAUUUUGCAAGCUUAUUUAAAUAUGGAAGAAAAGGAAGGGACGAAAUCCAAAUCUGAAUUCUCCUAAAGAGGAAAAACGUAAAUAUCUACUCUAGGAAAUAAAUGAUUGACUAUUUUCAUUCUUUUGAUAUCAUGUUUAACUUUGAGUGAUUUAAUGAUAUCAAAGAUAUCUAAACUUGAAAGAUUUUUAAAUUUAACAAUUGGGAAAGUCACUUUGUUUGUAUCACAAUCAAACAGGGUCCACUGCCAAAGGUUACUGUCUGAAAUAUAAUUUAUUAGGUACUAGUCAUGCCAAAUGGUUGUCUCAGAAGGGUUUAAUCUUUUAAGAUAGUCACAAUGGCUAACUGUGUGUGAAUAAUGAAAAGUUUGAGAUUCUUCAGUAUUCUUCAGAUUUUAUAGUCCUGAGACAAGGAGAGAUCUCCAGAGGUCAUUUGGCUCAUCCAUCUACCCCCAGGAGGACUGUCACUCAGGCAUGCCCAACAGGAUAGAUACCCAUCUAUUCUUAACAUCUCUGGGGAAGGUGGUUUCCUUAGCAACACAAUCCAGCUCUUUUAGGUUUUUUCACAAUAAGAAAAUAUCUUGGCUAGUCUUUGUGGGCUAGGCACCUGGCAACAGUUGUGGUAAUUUGGGCUAUUGUAGCAAGAGAUUCAAAGAAAGUUGGUUUGAUAAGUAUUUGAUUUGAUAAGUAUUACAUAUGAUGGUUUCAUUAAUUUAAGAAAUCAGAUGUUUUAAAAAAGAUGUAGGCACUAAAACAAUACCAGUAAUGUGAUCUGCAUUUGACAAAUAUAGUUACACAUUUAUUUCUGUUUGUAUUUUUUUUAAAUUGCUGUUAUUUCUGGAAGUAAUGUUAAGAAAGGUGACUAUUCAAAUCCCCAGUGACAAACAGAACCUGAAUCAAGUGACUCAACUUUUAAAAUGCUCAACUUUCUGAGAAGUUACGAUUAUUUUUUUUUAAAGUAAGCCUUCUUAUGUUCUUGCUUCUAAAUAAGUAUCUUCUCAUUAAUCUUUCCUUAACCUAAAAUGACAAAUAAGAAUCUAAAGUUUUUCUACUCCUCUUGGAGAAGAUGUGACUAGCUGUGAAGAAUCUAAUCUAGAAUAAAAUGACUCCAGAGAGUUACUCAGCCACCAUUUGAUCCCAGCCUUUGUACUCGUGUUACUUAAACAAUGACUGCUUACUUUCUCAGGGAUCAGGAAAAUGAUUUAAAAAUUUGUCAUCUUGACAGAGUCUGAAAAUAAAGGGAGGAGUCCUAGGGGAUGGUGAUUUUUUUCUGAUUAAAUCACUUGACCCAAGUACUCCUUGCAGCUUUCAGAACCUUUUCUGAUUGCUCAGAGUUGACUCCAACUCAGAAGCAGAACUAACCAGAAGAUAAGGAGCACCCCUGAAAUCAAUGGUUUCUUUCUCCAUGGGAUUUUUUUCAACCUAGGUACAGCUACUUAUCUCCUCCAACUCAGAUGCUCUUGGGAAAUGACAGCCACAUAAGUGUGGUUGCUCCCCACAAAUAACAUUAUGGGGAUUUACCCUUUAAAAAAAAAUGCUGUAGAAUGCUCAUGUAAAAUUUGGCCCAUGUUUUAAUUGACUCUAGGCAACUCUAUGGAAAUAAGUCCGAGGCGUAGUUUGUGAAACAUGUUUCAAAAGUGUUUGAUGUAUAAUAAAUGCUAGACAUUUACAGUACAGAAAUAGUAAAUAAAAAUAAAAAUAAAAAAAAUUAAACCUGUAGAUUACAACUCUGUUCUUAAGAACCUCAGCCUUUAUUGUGUCUUAGUAAAGUUGAUCUGCUUUCUUUUUAGUUUAUUGCAUUUCUGGUGUAAUAGCCUCUUAAGAUAGAACUAUUAAUACAUAUGUACUGGUUAAUGCCUGUUAAUGCAGAAAAUGGCACUUUGUUAUUUUAAUGUAUUUCCCUCAAUGUCACAGGGUAUAUCAAUUUGAUAAGAAAGGUCAUUUGAUUUUGGUCAAAAAUACAUUUCCCCAUUAAAACGUAUAUAUAUAAUUGGUUGCAUAGAUAAAUAUCACCUUUUGCAGUGUCUUGAUCAUACUCUUAGACUUCAACUGUGUCUCCAUUUUCCAGCAGCCAUAGAAAUUUGAUACCUUUGCAAAUUCUGGUGAAAUCUAGUGAGCUCAAUGUAUUGGUAGAUUAAAGGAUCCAAAGGAUUUUGGGGUUUAUUCUUUGUCUAUGUUGAACCAUUCAGAUCUUAGAAAUGGUCCUUACACAAGGGAAGUCUUUUAAAGGUAUUUUUUAAUGUUUUUUUUUAUUUGUUUGAUGCUAGGAAAAAAACAAUGUAACUUUAAAAACUCAGAAAAGCCACUGUGCUAUCCAUUAUAUUUUGAUGUUAUAAGUAGUUUUAUCUUUUCAUUGACUUUUUAUUAUUAAUUAACAUCCUUAGAACCUCAGUAGAUAUUUAAUUACUGCUGUGUUCCAUCUAGUGAAUUAUAAAGGUUGAAAGGGAAGAGAACCCAACUACAAUCCAUAUAUACAGUUAUUUUACACUAAGAUGUCAUGUUGUGUGUCACAGGUUCUAGAUUGAUUUCUCUUGUGUAUAAGUUAUAACAUCAAAGAUGCCAAAGGGUAUAUAAAAUAAGCUACAAUAAUGUUCAACAAGAUUUAACUUGGACCUUAUGUUGUAAUAAUUUAUUCAUAUUAGCUGUAGUCUUCUGUAUUUAUAUUUUCAGUAUUUAUUAUGAAUGACAUAGAAAUUCGUGUAUUUAUUGUGGCUUUUUAUUGCAGUGUGUAUAUAUAUAAAUAUAUAUUACAAAUAAGCAUUUUUAAGUCUUAUUCUUAAGUUUCUUCUAUUAGUGGCACUUGUAUUAUGCUGUACUUUUUAUUAUAUAUUGUACAAUAUCUUGUCCAUUUGUUUGCAGCAGAGUAAAACCAGUUUCUAAGUUGUA